AUGGAGCUCUCGGGUGUAAUCGCGCUAGUCCUAGUGAGCUUUGUGAGUGGAACUCCCCAUGGAUAUGGUGUAAAAGGUGGCGCACUAGCUAAAGCUGAAGCCAAUGCUGCUUCCGGUGCAUUCUUACAACCUGUUUCCUUGACUAUACCAAGUGGAGCGGCAUUUACGGGAAGUUUCUCCAAGUCUUCUUCAUCAAGCUUUGCAUCAUCGAGCUCAAGUGCUCAUUCAAGUUCAUUUAGUUUUAGUGGUAGCGGUGCUAACGGGAUUGGUGGCAUUGGAUGCAAUUCGAAUAAUUGCAAGAAUGGUUUGAUUGAUGGAAAUGUACCCUCUACGGUGCACGGUUCAGCAUUUAAUGGAGUUCAAAACAGCGGAGCUGUUGCAUCUGCUGCAGCUGGUGCAAUAGCAGGCUACAGGCAGGCAUACUCCAGUAACAAUGGCAAUCUUUGUAAAGAAGCUAACUGUGAUGGUGUAGAUACUUCUGGCAACAAAUGUUCGUCGGGCAAAUGCAGUUCAAAUGAAAACUUGCAACCUCAAUCUCAGUCAGUACAUCCUCUUAAUAAAUAUGAAAGUGGAACUGAUUGUGCAUCUGGUCAGUGCAACCUAUCUAUCCAACAAGAGAAUGCUCCAAGUGGAUAUGGAUCUGAACAACAACCUAAUAAUGGUGAUUCUAAAGAUACUCCUAUUGUAACAUCUUCGACAGGACAAGAAGAUGAUUUAUUUGUUCCACUUUCACAAUCUUCAGAUUCAGCAGCACCAUCACAUCAAAAACCGUCCGUAUUUUUAAAUACUCCUAAUCUUGGUCCAGCGUGUACAAGUCAUAACUGCAAUGAAGCAUCUCCUAGCUCAUAUUCUAAUGGGAAACUUCCAACAAGUUACAAUGUCCCAAUAUUUGGUACUUAUCCAAGUGGUCCACAAGCACCAUCAGCUGCUUGUAGUAGUCCGAACUGCGCUAGCUAUCCUUCAGAUAGCAAUGAUGUUUCCGGACCCACGAGACAUGUAGAUACUUCAAAUCCUCAUUACGGAGUACAAUAUCAACCAGGAUCAGCAGAUGUCUCGGGACAGGGUUCAAAACAUGAAUCAAAUAUUAAUCAAAAUUCAUAUUCUGUCCAACCCUUAAAACCAAAUUUAGCACAACAAAAUGUUCCUACUUAUACAGGCUCCAGUGGAUCUGUAGAUACUGACCAAUCAUUGGGUUCUUCAAAACCGUUUCUAAGCAAUUUACCCCCCAAUGAAGAUAGUCCUAAACAUACUGUUGGAGGUACCACUAAUUCAAUCAAUGGCAAUGUCCAGGGAUCGUACCCAUCACAGUCUAUUACAGGAGCUCCAUCCUCUAGUCCCAGUUAUUCUAGUCAAAACUUACAUCCUGGCUAUGCCGUAGGUUCUUCUCAAAAUGAUGCACAAAAUACCCGGGGAUACACCAGCAAUGAAUCUGUCAAGUCUCAGCAAGCUACUUUAGAUUUAUCAAAACCAAAUACAAACUAUUUAUCGCCCAGCCAACAACAAAUACCAAAUGGUGGAUAUAACCCAACAGGAUCGAACGGCGGAAAUUUGCCUUCUGUACCAUUAUCUUCAAAACCACAUACAGGUACAUUUACUUCUCCUAGUUAUCCAGGACAUACUACACCUUUGUUACCUAAUGUAGAAUCUGGUCAACGUGGUCCUUCAAACAACGGAGGUUAUGCAAACGUUGGACUUCCAACACACGCUGGACAAUUUGUUACACCGAAGCCAGGUGUAGAUAUUUCUUCACCACUUCCGAAUCUUAGUGCUCCUGCUUACACUAGUGGUUUUGGAGGUCCAAGUGGAUCAAUCAAUGGAAACUUCGGGCAUAGCUCUCUUCACGGAUCCCUUGGUACUACUAACCUACCGUCAAGUGCGGUUUCCCCUGUGAAAGGCGCGCCUACUUAUACUGGUGGUUUCGGCGGACCUGCAGGAACAUUUGACGCAAGUUUUCCGGUAGGGACAAAGCCUACAUCAAAACCAGGCUAUGAAAGCAAUUACGCGGAAACAACACACACAUCACCUGACGCUAGUGUAAACACUAAUUUACAUUCUGUUACACCGAAACCAAGUACAGGUGUUUCUUCACCAUAUCCUAACCCUAGUGUUCCUUCGUACAAUGGUGGAUUUGGAGUUCCGAGUGGAUCAUAUGGUGGGCAAUUGGGUCAUGGCUCCUUUCAAGGAUACCCUGGUACUAUUAAGCCACAUUUAAGUACAAUUUCCCCCGUGAAAGAUGUGCCUACAUAUACUGGUGGCUUCGGUGGACCUGCAGGAGCAGUUGAUACAAGUUUUCCGGCAGGGACAAAGCCUACAUCACAACCAGGACAUGAAGGGAAUUACGCAGACACAACACACACAUCAGCUGAGGCUGGUAUAAAUACUGGUUUACAUUCUGUUACACCGAAACCAAGUACAAGUAUUUCAUCACUCCAUCCUAACCCUAGUGUACCUGCGUACACUGGUGGAUUUGGAGGUCCGAGUGGUUCAUUUGUUGGUCAUGGCUCCCCACAAGGGUCCCUUGGAUCGUCGACUAAGCCACAUUCUAGUGUGACUUUACCUGGAAAAGACGCGCCUGUAUACACCGGAGGUUUUGGUGCACCAGCAGGACCUAUUGACAAAAGUUUCCCGGCGACACAGGUUGCAACGAAACCAGGACAUAACGAAGCACCGUCUUUCACCGAUAAUUUACCACAUCAAACAACACACACAUCAUAUGACGCUGGUGUCAAUUCGGGCUCUAAUAAAAAUUCAGGCGUACAUGGAGUUGUAUCUAAACCUAGUGAUAGCUUAAUUCCGCCUCAUCAUGAUAUUUCAAAUAAUGGACUUCAUGGUUUUACCACAGCUGCCAAUUCACCUAUUGUACCCAAGCCAAAUAAUGAAGAAUCAAAGAUACCGUACACUGGUGGUUUCGGAGCGCCCUCAGGAUUGUUAAAACCGAACGAAUACAAUUUACCAGAGAAGUCACCUUCAUCGGCGUUAGGUAAUAUUAAGCCCUUAUCUUGUACCACUGGUGCUUGUAGUUCGAAAGCCAAGACUGCCAUGACUAGUGAAAAAUCAAAUGUUUCUCCACAUGAAGGUUCUGGCGCUGUAACUGCAUCUGCUAGUGCCAAAGCAGUCGCCUACUCAGGAGGGUUUGGUGGUCCACCAGGACUAUUAAAACCUUUCGAUGAUGGAAAACAUUUUAAAGCUAACCAUGUUGGUGGACCUUUCGGUAGAAACGAAUUGUCUGGAAGUAAUGUUGACUCGGGUUAUAAUGAUAAGGUGCCAAGCGUCUCACCCAACCAAGCUACCGCAGGACAAGCUCAAGCAGGGACACAAGUUAAUGCAGGAGCACAAGCCCAUGCAAGUGCACAAGCUAACGCCGUAGCUUUCGCGAGUGCCGGUGCAUUUGGUGCCAAUCAAGGUUUUAGCGGUACUGGAUGCAAAUCCGGCUGUGGGUCAGACGUUAACUCUGAAGGAAAUUUAGCGAAUAUCGACAGUCUCGGCGAUCCUAAAACUGGUCACAAUGAAUUAAAUCAUGCAGCUGGUUCAUCAGCGGGGGCUAAAAGUAUCGCUGGCGCUGGGGCUGGCAGCUUAGCAGCAGGAAGAAGUUUCGCAUCUGCACAUGCAUCGGCGGGUGCUGCAGUUAAAGGAGGUUACGGAAAG